GUUUUUAUUAAUCAUAAUCUAUUCAAAUUUUUACCAACUAUGGAGAACUAACAGUCAAACUCUUCUAUACAAAUAAUUAAUGAAUCUCUAUAGAAUAGAUUGUCAUUUCGUUGGAUAGAUUUUAGAACGAUAAAGGAUACAAAUAACGAAAUUUAUGUAUUUCUCUUAAAUAUGUAUAUAAAUAUAUAUUACUGCUAAAUAGCAUAAUAUAUAAAAUUGUGAGAAAAUCUCUUCAUAUAUUCCAUCUUUCCUAAAGAUGUACAGCUGCUGGAAUGGUUGGAAAAUAUUAAGGAGAAUCAACGAAAUUUUAAACUCAAAUCGUCAAUCGGCCAACGACAUUUCUAAAGAGGAGAUUUUGGCAUCUAAUCCGGCAGAGUUGUGCAAUAUAAACCUUUACAGAUUUGGACCAUUAAUAGGAAGCUCAUGCGAAAACAGUGUUAAUAUAUAUGCUGCUGAAAGGAAAGAUACAAAGAAGCCGGUAGCUAUACGAUGUGUUAAUCUAGAAUAUUUAAAAAUUCCUCUAUCAUUGCUUGAAGAUGAACUCCAGAUUACGGGCCGCUUACAUCACCCGAACAUUCUUAGUUUUUUAUGUUCGUUCACCAACGAUUCUUACAUAUUUACUGUUACCAAUCACAUGUCAUAUGGAUCGUGUAGAGACUUACUGCACGCUCAUUUUAAAGGAGGUUUGCCGGAACAAGCCAUUGCAUAUAUUCUGAAGGAAACACUUAGAGGAUUAGCUUAUUUACACAAACAAAAUAUUGUACAUAGAUCUUUAAGGGGAAGUCAUAUUUUAGUUGGAAGUCAAGGUCGAGUCAAACUCUCCGGAUUGCGUUAUUGUCGAGCAAUUGACCACUUGGAACCGACUCAUCUUUCAUCUGGGCGAAGAGUUAUACACGAUUUUCCGGAUGUAGGUUUUCAAUCGUCUCUAAUAUGGGCUAGUCCAGAAUUACUCGAACAAAACUUAGCAGGAUAUACCGUGAAAAGCGAUAUUUAUAGUUUAGGAAUAACUGCCUGUGAACUCGCCAACGGUGGUCCUCCAUUCGACGAUAUGCCAAAGAUGAGAAUGCUAUUAGAAAAAAUAAAUGGAAUUGUUCCUAUGCUCGAGGACUCAAAAACAGUUCCAAGUUGUGACAGAACCUUUUCUAAUAAUUUCCAUCUAAUGGUUGAAUCCUGCCUUAGAUUGGAUGCUCACACAAGACCAAGAGCGGUUGAACUACUUCAUGAUGAUUUCUUUAAGGUUACAAAGAAGAGAAGUAUUUCGGAAGCUCUUCCAGAGCUUUUAUUACCAAUAAGGCCUUUAUCAAGAUUAGAAAGAGGACACGAGAGCGACUAUGAAUUUUUAUCUAACGAAAUGAACAACAUAACUUGUGCCGAGACUAUAGAAUGGUCUUUUUAAUAAAAUUAAUUAAGACCAUAGAAUAAAUGAAUUAGAAGAAAACUACAAGAGAAUUUAAAGAAAUCAAAGGGAAAAAAUGAAGACAAAGAUUCAGGUUACAAAUAAAUAUAUAUAUAAAUAUAUAUGCAUAUAUACUGAAAGUAGAUUUUUGCUUAACUAAUUUAUUAUUAUAAGUAUUUUUAAAAGAUUAUUGCGAUUAUUAUCUGGUAAUUUCAGGAAAAAAUCUCAAAUUCUAUGAAAACAAAGCCUUAUGUCUUUUAAAA